UUUCAGGAGACUGAUUACGCUGCAAAUGAUCAAGUUGACCUUUAUGAUGAUGUAAUAGCAGCUGCUGACAGUAAUAACCAUGAAGAUCAAAGUUUUGAUGAAAUAAUACCACGGACUCCUGGUGAGCCACAGAAAACUGAUAAUAACACCAGGCCAACCAUAGUCUACACAUAUGGGGGCAAACGGCAAGCUGUGUAUGUGGGAAACCUGACAUGGGUGAGUGCAUCUAUGCCUGUGAAAGGAAAAACACCAGAUCCAAUUAGCCUAACACCUGUUCUUGGACGGUUACUGGAGUCUAUAAUUAAGGAUAAAGUGAUUGAAAACGUUAAACUUUCAGCUGAUCAGUUUGCUGAAGUAUAUCUGGGCUCUGAAAGUUCCGUCCGAUGUGUCAUGGAGCUACUUCCAAAAAGAGAACUUCAUGGACAGAGACCAGAGGUCAUGCCUUGCAACAAACAGAAUCUCAACCAGUUUGAAGCACAAUCCAAGAAAAGACAGAAUCCUCAGAGAAGCCAAUCACAUGACUCAGUGAAUUCCCCAGACCAUCGAGAUUCUCCAUUGCCACGAAGAGGACCAUCACCAGCUGAAAAUGCUGCAGCACCUCCCAGGAGGGAUAAGUUACCACCUUCCUUCCAGCUGCCUAGUCGGCCUCCGUACGGUGAACAUCCACAUGGAAUUCCACCGCCAGGCCUUCUGCCCCCUCCUAUGUCACUUGCUCUCAAUUCUGGAUAUGGACCCCCACUUCAAGUGCAGCCAGGGCCCCUACCCCCGCCAGGUGCAUUCUUAGCACGACCUGGCCCUCCAGGAUCUAUUGUACCUCCAUUGCCACCAGGACUCCCACCCCAUUUGAUAGUACCACCUCCAGGUGCUAUUCCACCUGCACCCCACAUUAACCCAGCCUUCUUUAUAACGCCAAAUGCCAGCUUACCUUCACCAGUUGAUAGCAGAGGACUUCCACCACCACCUGGGGAUGUCUAUGGCAGACCAUCACCGUCUCAGUACAACAGAGAGGAAUUCAAACGUGGAAGAGAUCCUGACUCCAGUAGUCCUCCUCUUAGUGAAGCAGAGUUUGAAGAAAUGAUGAACAAGAACCGAGCGAUUUCUAGCAGUGCCAUCUCCAAAGCUGUGGCUGGAGCUAGCACAGGCGACUACGGAAAUGCAAUUGAGACAUUACUUACGGCCAUUGCCCUGAUUAGACAGUCAAAAGUUGCAGCAGAUGACCGCUGUAAGGUCCUGGUCAGCUCCCUGCAGGACUGCCUCCAUGGAAUUGAGUCCAAGUCAUAUGGGUCAGGAUCCAGGAAGAGAGAGAGAUCACGAGACCGAGAGUACAGCCGUUCUCAUGACAGAAGCCGUAGACACAGGGAACGCUCUCACAGUGAGGAUCGGCAUGAAGAUUAUCACCGUGAGAGAAGUAGAGAACGAGAUCGGCAUAGAGACCGGGACCGUGACAAGGAAAGAGAGCGAGAGAGAGAGUAUAGGCAUCGCUAAGAGAACAAUUUUCACCUUUGUACAGAUCCUGGAUCAGGAGAAAAAUUUUAAAAAAAAUCAGGAAGACAUUUUGAAAUGAGUGAAGAAAGGAGCUAAAUUCCCGGGAGAGGUGUGUGCACACCAUGGGCUGUAGAAAGUGUUAUUACACACGGAGCUGCAACUUGAAGAAUUUUUCCAGUUGGGUGUGGCUUUCUGGAACAUUGACCUGCUAUUAUGUCGAACAACUUGUUUUGUUCAGCAAUUAUAUAUUAAACUUUUUUUACAUUCUCAGUUUCUUUAAACGUUGCUGGCCGGGAAAAUCUUUUUACAAUGAGGUGCAGAUGACUUGGAGGGCAUCUUCAGUGGGAAGCUGCAUGUUUGACUGAUUGCAGUAAGCAUCCGUGCCAAACUUUUAACUGUCCACUGAGGGCAUUGGCCUGAGCCCUAAUAUGUAGUACCAGUUGAUGGAUCACUGGUAAAACAUUUAGGGGGUAAACGGGUAAAUGUCAUCGGUUGGUUGCAUUGUUUUGAAUAAAAUCUUGCAACUAA